UAAGAAACUACUGAAUUGCUCUGAAUAUGGAAGUGGGUCUUGCCCAGAAAACGAAAGGCCGGUAGGCGUGCGAGCUGCCAUGUAUUCCUUCAUGGCUGGAGCCAUAUUCCUCACAGUGUUUGGUAAUCUCGCCGUGAUCCUCUCCAUUUCCUACUUCAAGCAGCUUCACACACCAACCAACUUCCUCAUCCUCUCCAUGGCGGUCACUGAUUUCCUGCUGGGAUUCACCAUCAUGCCAUACAGUAUGAUAAGAUCAGUGGAGAACUGCUGGUAUUUUGGGCUGACGUUUUGCAAGAUUCAUUAUAGCUUUGAUCUGAUGCUCAGCAUAACAUCCAUUUUCCAUCUUUGCUCGGUGGCCAUUGAUAGAUUUUAUGCUAUCUGUUACCCUUUACAGUAUUCAACCAAAAUGACGAUUCCAGUCAUUAAACAGUUGCUGGUUCUCUGCUGGUCAGUCCCCGGGACAUUUGCCUUCGGACUGGUCUUCUCUGAGGCCUACGCGGAUGGAAUAGAAGGCUAUGAUAUCCUGGUUGCUUGCUCUAGCUCCUGCCCGGUGAUGUUCAACAAGCUAUGGGGGACCACCUUGUUUAUGGCAGGUUUCUUCGCUCCUGGGUCUGUGAUGGUCGGGAUUUACGGCAAGAUUUUUGCAGUGUCUAGAAAGCAUGCUCGUGCAAUCAAUAACUUACCAGAAAAUCAAAAUAAUCAAAUGAGGAAAGACAAGAAAGCAGCCAAGACUUUAGGGAUAGUGAUGGGUGUUUUUCUAUUAUGUUGGUUUCCCUGUUUUUUCACGAUUUUAUUGGAUCCCUUUCUGAGCUUCUCUACUCCUGUGGUUUUGUUUGAUGCUUUGACAUGGUUUGGCUAUUUUAACUCCACAUGUAAUCCCUUAAUAUAUGGUUUCUUCUAUCCCUGGUUUCGCAGAGCCCUGAAGUACAUUUUCCUGGGUAAAAUUUUCAGCUCACAUUUUCAUAAUGCUAAUUUGUUUACAGAAAAAGAAACUGAUUAGACUUAUUCUGUGUGAGUGGAUAGAAGCAAAGGACUGGAAUCUAGAAGAAUGAAGUUACUUAAACUGUGUGCAUGCGUGUGUGACUUUGGCUACCAUGGAAAGUUUUUAGUUUCUAAAACUUGAGAGGAAAAAAGAACUUUUUCUUUGAACCCCAAAUCCUGUCUUUUCAGAAUAGUUCUUACUGCUUACAGUUAGAGAAGACAGAAACUCAGAGAGGUGAAGAGAAGGUUGGAAAAGCCAGAAAGGGGAAGAAGAGAACACACACACAGUUUUGUACCAUUUGGAAGGAAGCAGAACGCAAGCUGAGCUCAACUAUGGCUCUCCCCAUCCUCACCAUCACACGCAUCUUGUGUGAUAUUUCAUUUACAUUUUCUUCCUCAGAGUCUGAUCAGAGGUAUUUUGAAACAUCAACCACUAAAAAUUAUAGGUAAGUAAAUAUGGAAAUAACAAUUUCAAGAAACCAUAUGCUGUCAAGAGUCAGUCAAUUGAUAGCUGAAAUGUAAGCCUUUACUAGAUUUUACAGUUGUGAGAUUGAACUUUUUUUUUUAAUAAAAUAAGAAAUGGACACGGUGUAACUGAGGUCCCAGAUUCCCUCCACAUUUCCAUCCAAAUAUCAUCUUAAUCAUACAGUUGGUGUUUUUUCUUUUUUUUUUUUUUCUAUUUUUCUAUUUUACUAGCCAGAGAAUUCCAGCCAGCACCUUCCUUUCUUUCUCAGGCUCAUUCAUACUUUGUAUGGCUAUUUGGUG